GUCUAGAUAGACAUUUAUUUAUAAUAAAUUGUGUUUGCAAUAAUAGUGAUUUUUGAUACUCGCGCAAUGGUCAUGAACCACGCAGCUGAGGAUGUUGAAGCUGAACAGUUUGGUGUUGCUGAUUUUACCGCGUUUGCGGGAUUGUCAUUGGUUUCUGUGGUUGUUGGAAUAUAUUGUGCGGUGAGAGACAGAAAUACCACAACGACAGAAAAUUACUAUUUUGGAAACAGGUCAAUGUCACCGAUACCACUUGGUUUCUCCAUGGCUGUUUCAUUCAUAUCAGCCAUUACUAUGAUGGGCACACCAGUAGAAGUUUAUUUAUUUGGCGCAGUAAUAUCAUGGGUUGUUGUCGGUAAUAUUGUUGCCGUCACUUUCGCCUGCACUUACUUUGUUCCUCUAUUCUAUAAAUUGAAGAUUUCAAGCGUUUACGAGUAUUUAGAAUUGCGUUAUGAUCGAAAAGUUCGCAUAUGCUGCUCCUCUGUCAGCGUCAUCAUGAUGAUAUUUUACAUGGGCUUCGCUAUCUACAUCCCAGCAUUAGCUCUGAACGCAGUAACGCCUCUGGAUAUAAAAUGGACGAUUGUUUUAACCAGUUUAGUUUGCACGUUCUACACCACUCUGGGUGGAUUCAAAGCUGUUGUUUGGACCGAUGUUGUUCAAUCCGGAGUAAUGUUUAUUGGAUCCUUAGCUUUAUUAAUACAAGGAAUUAUUUUGGUUGGCGGACCAACAGAUGUUUGGGACGCAAUUAACAGAGGCGGGAGACUGAACAUAUUCAAAGUUACAUUUGAUCCAACGAUUCGCAGCUCACUAUUUUCUGUUUUAGUCGGACACAGCAUGUUACAGAGUGCUGCGACAUGUACUAACCAGGCAAUGGUUCAGAGAGUCGUCUCCUGUAAUUCCGUCAAAAAUGCAAGAAAAGCUCUGAUAGCGUUCAUCUUUCCUUCGUCUAUCAUCUUUUUAUUGUCGGUAGCAAACGGAUGUGUUUUGUACGCGUAUUUUGAAGAUUGCGAUCCAAUUCUUUCAAGGAAAAUUGCAAAGCACGAUCAAUCGAUUCCGUAUAUGAUGAUGAAAACUUUCCGUCACGUUCCUGGCAUGGCAGGAGUAUUUGUUGCAGCAGCAUGUAGUGGGACUCUGAGUACAGUGUCAACUGGAAUCAAUUCACUAUCUGUUAUUAUUCUUCAUGAUUAUAUUUUUCAAAUCAAGAAAAAUCUUACACCGAGGCAGAAGCUUACCAUGGGAAAAUUCUGUGCAAUCAUAAUCGGGUGCAUCGUGACAGUGAUUGCGUAUAUAACAGGACACUUAGGAUCAACAACUAUACAAAUAGCAACGUCAACAUUUGGUGCAUUUGGAGGUCCAAUUUUUGGGGUCUUCCUGGCAGGAAUGUUUUUGCCGAAAACUAACGUCAAGGGCGUAUUGUCGGGAUUUGUCCUUGGUUCCAUUCUCAGCCUCUGGAUGGCUAUAGGAGCAGUUUUACAUGGUUUGUCGCCAGAGAAAGCACAAAUGCUUCCAAUUUCAACUGACGCUUGUAGAGUUGAUGGUUUUAUCAAUAACACAACAACGAUAAACAAUAUUCAUCCUACCACGAUUGGUAACAAUGCCAUUUCAGAAGAAAUCAAGCACGAUAGGCCACACAUCGCAGACACCUUUUAUUCAAUAUCUUUCCUCUAUUAUGGAUUAUUUGGCGCAAGUUGGACAAUUCUGAUCACCGUCAUAGCGUCAUACAUCACAGGAAACAACAUUCCAGAAAAAGCUAAUCCAAUUUUGUUCGUUCCUUUAAUCGAUAAUCAGAAGUUACCCGGAAAAGUUCUUGAGUUUUUCCGGUGUGGAGUUCCGAAUGCUGAUCAAUACAAAAUUGAAUCCAAAGGAUCGGAUACUGCUCUGGUGCUCCUUUCAAAAACUAAUGAUGAUUACAUUAAUCAGAGGUCGUAUUUUGCCGAAAAUGAAUCUUAAAUAUUAAUCAGUAUUCAUUAAUAUUAUUGUUUGUUUCAUUUAUCAUUUCAAUCAUAGUGCCAAUUGUUCAACUUCUGUUUCACAAAAGUCAAUUUACUUUUUUUGCUUAUACCAAACAUAGGGCAUAUGCAAGUAAAUUAAUAAAUGUAACUCAAGUUAUGUAAGGCUUGGGCUUUAUUUAGAAUACUUGAUAAAUAUGAUACACCACGAUAAAUACACUUAGUAUUCAAAAUUGUUACGGGUUACGAUUUAGCCUAUUAAAAUCGAUUUGAUUAAGUAGGAAUUGAUGAUUUGCUGUCAAUUUAACCAAAAUGAAUCUAGCAACAAGAUUUAUAAUUUUACGUCAGUAUAGUAUACGGUAUUCUUGUUAGGACUAUUUUGAUUUCCUACACAAUCGAAUUGUG